AUUUAGAAAUUUUAUAAAAAAAUUGUUUCUGAUUAACCAAUUACAACAAAAACAACAAAGAAAUUAAACUUAGCAGAUUAAUAUAUAGAGUCAAGUUUUUAAUUUCAAAACACAAAUAAACCAAAAUAACCUGUAAAUCAAAUCAUAUAGAAAAAAAAAAAGAAUAUUAUCCUUUUUCGUGUAAUUAAUUAUCCCAAGUAAAUCUUAAUUUUUUUCAAAUCAAAUAAAAAUGUCAAAACUUUUAAAACUUGUUAUUGUUGGUGAUGGUGGUGUUGGUAAAUCAGCUUUAACCAUUCAAUUAACACAAAAUCAAUUCAUUGCAGAAUAUGAUCCAACUAUAGAAAACUCUUAUCGUAAACAAGUUAAUAUUGAUGAUGAAGUUUAUAUGUUAGAUAUUUUAGAUACUGCUGGUCAAGAAGAAUACUCUGCUAUGAGAGAUCAAUAUAUUAGAUCAGGUAGAGGAUUUUUAAUUGUUUAUAGUAUUAUAUCAAGACCUAGCUUUGAAGCUGUUUCAUCUUUUCGUGAUCAAAUUCUUAGAGUUAAAGAUCUCUCAACUUAUCCAAUUGUAAUUAUUGGUAAUAAAGCAGAUUUACCAGAUAAAGAUAGAAAAGUCCCACCAAUGGAAGGUAAAGAAUUGGCAAGAAGUUUUGGCGCUCCAUUUUUAGAGACCAGUGCCAAAUCAAGAGUUAAUGUUGAAGAGGCCUUUUUCACUCUUGUUAGAGAAAUUAAAAGAUGGAAUCAAAAUCCAGAAAAUGAAGAAAUGUCCCCUCCAAAAAAGAGAGGAUGUAUUAUAUUGUAAAUUAAUUAUUAUUUAAAAAAAUAAAAUAAAAUUUUAUCUCCCCCUU